UGACAGAUGUUUGACACCCAGACCCGUGUCUUGUGUGAGAAGGCAGAAGGGUCACCCUCCUCCUGGAGAGAGCAGCCAUGAAGCUUUGCUUCUAAGAGGAAGAAGGCAAGUGCAGCCUAUGAGCAAACGCGAGCCGUGCCUCCCCUCCCCCAGGAGGCCAGGAAGAGGGUAGCAGGAGGGGCGGUGUGAUUACAUUCAUGGAAAUGAGCCUGCUAGAGAGGAGCCGCGCACGAGUGUCAGCUGCUGCUGCAUCCCCGGGGCUGCGCCAGCCUUCCCCACCAGGCUCCGCUCACUCCCGCCCGCUGUUUGGCCAUUCGGCUUUUGUCUCCUCUGGACGCCUCCUCCCCUGCCCUUGUGUGCUGGCACUCAAAUGCUGUCCUUGCUCCAGCUCUCCCUGCACCCAGAGCUGGGAGAGCUCCGAGAAGCCUGGGCCUGUGGGGUUGCUGUACAGAUCCACCAUGGCCUCUGACAUGAAGAACUGCAGACCAGCUGAGGUUUUGAUGUUGCUGCCCAGGGCUUGACAGGACACUGGGGCCAGAGAAGAGGGGACACGCCGCUGUUCCCAGUGACCUCACUGCAGAAGAGUGUCAGGAACUGGAGAACAUCCGGCGAAGGAAGCAGGAGCUGCUGGCUGACAUUCAGAGGCUGAAAGACGAGAUAGCAGAAGUCGCUAAUGAAAUUGAAAGCCUGGGAUCCACAGAGGAAAGGAAGAACAUGCAGAGGAACAAACAGGUAGCCAUGGGCAGGAAGAAAUUUAACAUGGAUCCUAAAAAGGGGAUCCAGUUCUUAAUAGAAAAUGACCUGCUGAAGAACACUUGUGAAGAUAUUGCCCAAUUCUUAUACAAAGGGGAAGGGCUUAACAAAACAGCCAUUGGUGACUACCUUGGGGAGAGAGAUGAGUUCAGCAUCCAGGUCCUGCAUGCAUUUGUUGAGCUGCACGAGUUCACCGACUUAAACCUCGUCCAGGCCUUGCGGCAGUUCCUGUGGAGCUUCCGGCUCCCUGGAGAGGCCCAGAAGAUUGACCGUAUGAUGGAGGCCUUUGCCCAGCGGUACUGUCAGUGUAAUAACGGGGUGUUCCAGUCCACAGACACUUGCUACGUCCUCUCCUUUGCCAUCAUCAUGCUGAACACCAGCCUACACAACCCCAAUGUCAAGGACAAGCCUACAGUGGAGAGGUUCAUUGCCAUGAAUCGAGGCAUCAAUGAUGGAGGAGACCUGCCCGAGGAGUUGCUCCGGAAUCUCUAUGAGAGCAUAAAAAACGAACCCUUUAAAAUCCCGGAAGAUGACGGGAAUGACCUCACCCACACUUUCUUCAACCCAGACCGAGAAGGCUGGCUGCUGAAACUUGGAGGUGGCAGGGUGAAGACCUGGAAGAGGCGCUGGUUCAUUCUGACAGACAACUGCCUUUACUACUUUGAGUACACCACGGAUAAAGAGCCCCGUGGGAUCAUCCCCUUAGAGAAUCUGAGCAUCCGAGAGGUAGAAGACUCCAAAAAGCCAAACUGCUUUGAACUUUAUAUCCCUGACAAUAAAGAUCAGGUGAUUAAGGCCUGUAAGACGGAGGCUGACGGGAGAGUGGUGGAAGGGAACCACACUGUGUACCGCAUCUCAGCCCCCACUCCCGAAGAGAAGGAGGAGUGGAUCAAGUGCAUCAAAGCUGCCAUCAGCAGAGACCCUUUCUACGAGAUGCUUGCAGCACGGAAAAAGAAGGUCUCCUCCACCAAGAGACACUGAGAGCGAACCAGGGCACAGCCAGCCCAGGAAGCUGUGGCCCUUUCUCCUGCCUCCCCUUGAGGGGCGCUGCGGAGCCCAGCAAAGGAGAGCAGAGGGCUCCCCUGCCAGUCCCUGCCAGCUCCCAGAGACUAAGCUUCAGCUUUCGCAGUUUUCUAGGUGGGAGAAGGGUGGCAGUGAGGGCUGGGGCUGGAGACUGCUGCUGCCAGCACCAACCGCUGCUAGCAGCAGACUAGUGCUGCGAUCCCCACGCCUCGACUCAGCGGGCUGACAGCAGCGCCCAGAGCUCUCUCUUUACCUCGCAGUGUUCCUGGCCAAGGGCCUUCACCUCUGCUCCACAGAUGCCUGUGAGGACGUACUCUUACGUACUAAGGAGAAAGGAGGAAAGGAAAAGAAGCCACGCACUAUAAAGAUUUAUUUUUGUUUUUUUAAGCAAAAGUGAACGUAGCACUGUAUCCUGUUCUCCUGUGCCCUGCUUGGGAAGCCUCCCCUAGAAAGGGACUCUGGGACUGCUGGCACCCCAGGAGGGGCAAAAGCAGAGCUGCUGGCAGCUCCCAGCAGACACAGGGAGGCCUCCAGGGCCCCAGUAGGGCAGCAGGCAGGCAGUAUGGGUAGCUCCUGCCCAGUGCCUGUGGGAUGGGGUGAAGUGGAUAGCUCCUUGCCUGGCCCUCAGUACCCAGGCCCACUGCGCUUUAAAGCGGAAAGUCUGCAUUUUCCUAUUAACCAAAACUGUGAGGAGGUCACCCCAUGGUCCUGGGUGGCUGACUGUUUCAUAGCUGGUUUUUCUUUCUCCUCCCCGAGAACUCCAUUCCUCGUUCUAGAGGAAGGAGUAGGUUUUAUCGCCUUGGGGCUUCAGCCUUUUCUGCCUCAAAUGUAUCCCCAACUGGACUAUUCUGGUGCACUCUGUGGUAGCCUCCAGGAGCAGGGGCUUUGCUCAGCAGGGUGCAAUGCAGUCAAGCAAGGGUGAGGUGGCCUUUCUGUCCCCUUGCCCUCUAUGACAUGGCAUGCCACGGCACGUGUGUGAGUUGGCCCUGCUCUCCUAACUCAGUGUGAAGGGAGCCAUGAAAUGCAGCAUCUCCUGCCGUUCUCUCAGGGACUCUCAAGGGCAGCUCCUGCUCCUCGGCCAGGACCAGCAUGCCAGUCCAGGCAGAGCAGGUGGCAGGUGGUAUCUUGGCACACUCCUCCAUGUGGCCAAGGCCUCAGUGGCAGAAUGCUGCCUCCAGGCAGGUUGGAGGAGCCAUGGGUCCCCACUGGGCUGCAUGAGCUCAAUCUCAGAAGGGGGUCAGCACCUCUGGAAAUAGCUUUGCAAAGAGGGGUGAGUUUGGGGGCAGCACUCUGGCCCCCUUCCUGUGGAUCCGGCCUCGAGUGGCUUCAGGUGCUUGAUGCUGGAGUGUGCGAAGGCGACAGUGACGGGGAAGAGGGUCCAGGCUGGAAACUGAGCCUCCUGGUAGAGAACCAGGCAGUGCCGGUCCCUGUUGUCGGGGGAGUCGGGCCAGGGCCAGAGCCCCUCCCGCACACCAGUUCUCAUGGGUGUGUCCUGGGCAGACCAGCAUCUGGCUCGGUCCCAGUCUAUUUAUCAGAGGUGUAAAUAAUCCAUACAUAGUUUUUCUCCUUUUAGAUUAUUUUGUAUUUGUUUAAAAAAAAAAGGAUUUGUCAAAAUACAGAGAAAUGACUGAAAGUUGUUGACAGGGUUUUUUAAAAAUAUUAUUAUUCCAGUUGUUUUUGUUUGUUUUUGCCUUGUAAACUAGCUCCAAGGAACUGCAGCAAAUAAACUCCAAAUCUGCCCAAACCAC